CCGCGCUGCUGCGUCUGAUUCAGCUGAAGAAAGCAGUGUCCAGACGUGCAGAAAAACACUUGGUGAAGCAACUGAGAUCCACGUGACAUACUAUUAUAAAGAUGGAGUUUAUUAAAGAGGAGAGUGAAGAUGUGAGAAUUGAAGACAAAUUCGGAGUGAAACAAGAAAGUACCGAGGAACAAACAGCUGAGAUGCUGCUGAAAGAGGAAGAUAAAAUGGGACGAAAUGAUCAGUAUGAGAAACAUCAUGAUUUCAUUACUGGAGAAAAAACAUUUAGUUGCUUACAGACUGAGAAGACCUCACUUAAAAGAAAUCAAAAGACGGGACCGAAAAGUUCUUCCACAUGCCAGCAGUGUGGAAAAAGUUUCAGUCGAAAUGGAAGCCUUAAAAUCCACAUGCGAACUCACACCGGAGAGAGUCCUUUCACCUGCCAACAGUGUGGGAAAAGUUUCACUCAGAAAGGAAGCCUUAAAAUCCACAUGCGAAUUCACAACGGAGAGACUCCUUUCACCUGCCAACAGUGUGGAAAAAGUUUCACUCAAAAAGGAAGCCUUAAUAUCCACAUGCGAAUUCACACUGGAGAAAGCCCUUACACAUGCCAAGAAUGUGGAAAGAGUUUCAUUCGUAAAGGAAGCCUUAAAAGCCACAUGACAAUUCACAGUGGGGACAAGCCUCACACAUGCCCUCAAUGUGGAAAGUGUUUUACACGUAAAGCAACCCUUAAUGCCCACAUGAAAAUUCACACUGGAGAGAGUCCUUACACCUGCAAACAGUGUGGGAAGACCUUCUCACAAAAAGGAAAUCUUAAGACUCACAUGAGAAUUCACACUGGAGAGAGGCCGUUCAUAUGCGGUCAGUGUGGAAAGAGAUUCAGAGGUAAAGUGAACCUUAAUUACCACUUAAGGAUUCACUCAAGACAGAACUGUUUUACAUGUCAUCAGUGUGGAAGAAGUUUCAAAGACAGAAGACACUUUAGGAAUCAUGUAAUAACUCACGCUGAAGAGAAGCCUUUCUCAUGCCAUCAGUGUGAAAAGAGUUUUACAUAUCAAACAGAACUGAAACGUCAUUCGCAAACUCAUCAUAGAAAGAAAGUGCAGUAUUCUGAAUGUGGAAAAAUGUUUAGAAAAAGGAGCAGUUUUAAAAAUCACCUGCACAUUCACUCUGGAGGAAGGCCAUUUAAUAGUGAUCAGCGUAAUAAAAAACGCAAUUUACCAUCACGCUUAAAGAUAGACCUCAAAAGCCAUGCAUAUGUUAGACCCUAUUUGUGUUCUGUGUGUGGAAAGAGCUUUAAAUGGCUCAGCCAUUUAAAAUGGCACCAGAAAAUACGUGUCUGUGUGAAACUGAGGUUACGUUAACACUGCAAUUGAUUGUGGGCCAAAUCUGAUUGUCCACCUUCAUGAUCUUUUUCAUCAUUCACCACUUGAGGAGACUUAGGGAGGUUUUCUGUUGUCUUGUCAUAUGUAUCAUAUGUACAUACAGUCAAACCAAAAUUUAUUCAGACACCUUCAACAUUUCUCACAUUAUCAGAGAUUAUUCGCAGUAGUAGAAAAUGGUAAUAAAAUAUGACUUUGAUAGAAAGGUAUGUAAUGGAUUACAAUCAACCAAAAAUUGUUCAGACAACUGUUAGUAUGACAAUAUUUACACAACUAUCAAUACUUUGUUGACCAAUUACUAAGCAAUGCUUAAUUUUGUUCAGUCUGUGAAUUAAAAAAAAAGUCACUUUAGCAAUUAAAUAAAAAACAAAGUGUCUGAAUAAUUUUUGUUCCCAAAUUUUUAUAAAUUUUACUGGUAGUCCUGUAUUUUUAUAUCUUCACUGACAUAAAUGAACUAUAGUGUCCUGCACACCCAAAAAAAUAUCAAAUAUGUGACCCUGGGCCACAAAACCAGUCUUAAGUAGCACAGGGAUAUUUGUAGCAAUAGCCAAAUAUGGUCAAAAUUCUUUCAAAAUGAUUGAUUUUUCUUUUAUGCCAAAAAUCAUUAGGAUAUUAAGUUAAGAUCAUGUUACAUGAAGAUAUUUUAUAAAUGUAAAACUUUAUUUUUGAUUAGGAAUAUGCAUUGCUAAGAAUUUCAUUUUGACAACUUUAAAGGUGUUUUCCUUAAUAUUUAAAUUUUUUCCACACUCAGAAUCCAGUUUUUUUUUUUUUUUAAGAUUUAUUUUUGGCUGUUUUGCCUUAAUUGUGGUAGAACAGAUCAUACAGGACAGGAAGUGAAGUGGGAGAGAGAGAAGGGGGCAGGAUCAGGAAAGGUCCUCGAGCUGGGAUUCGAACUUGGGACGCCCGUAGCGCAACGGCACUGGAUGUCGGCACACUGCACACAAGGCUAUCGGCUCCUACUGAAUCCAGAUUUUCAAAUAGUUGUAUCUCGGCCAAAUAUUGUCCUAUCCUGACAAACUAUACAUAAAUGGAAAUCUCAAAUCUCUGUGUCCAGAAAUUGACCCUUAUAACUGGUUUUGUGGUCCAGGGUAACAAAUUAUAUCUGGUGUCUGAAUAAUUUUUGGUUUGACUGUAUGUCUUGCACAUAUAAACUCCUGUAUUGGCAGUUGACAGUCUCCAUUCCUAUUGUUUCAAAUAUUGAGAGGUUGUAGUUGACACCCUCCAGUUUCAAUUGUAUGGUAGCAUUGAUUCAUUCAAUAUAAUGUAAACUCUGAUUUAGAAGAGUUAAACUUCUCUCUUGCUGUUAAAUGCCACAAUGUAAAUGA